UUGAUGGAUAGCUUCAGUAUGUUAUGCAUUUGCUGGCAAUAGUCGCCGUAGACGUACAUAGAUGCUGUGCUGCCGUCUCGUUGCGAUAUACGCUGCAUGGCGUUGCCACCUAGCGUGGGGUAACUUUAGCUCGCCGCGACGCACACGUCUGGCAACGCUAUCACGCUGUUAGCUUUGCUUCGUUUCGAAUUUGUACACAAAAAGUUGUAACACAAAUCGACAUCCGGCUCCACUGUCAAACAACAACAGCAACAGCCAAAACAGCAGCAGAAAGGUAACGCCGACGCCGACGCCGACGUCGAGGGCGAAGCCGUCGCAAUGCCGAAGCAAGAGGACGCCGAUGUUAUUAACAAACUGCUCCAGCCCGACACAAGCGCUCAGAGUGAGCCCAGCUCAAGCAGCAGCGGCAGCAGCAAGCCGAAGGCGGUUGGCGACAUUGGCGGCGGUGAGCGGGAGAAGCCUCGGUCGAAGAAGUUGCUGAAGGACCCGCGCUUCCAAAUACGGCCGCUGCAGCAGGUGGCAUCGGCCUGCACAGGUGCGAUGAUCACCGCCUGCUUCAUGACGCCCCUGGACGUGAUCAAGACCCGCAUGCAGUCACAGCAAUCGCAGCAGUCGCGGCCGAGCAAGUGCUUCCUCUACUGCAACGGGCUGAUGGAUCAUCUCUUCAGCUGCGGCACGACGUCCAGCGCUCCGGGUGGCAGCACGCUGAAGCCGCAUUUCCGGGGCACUCUGGAUGCGCUGUUCAAGAUCAGCCGCCGGGAAGGCCUGGCCGCCCUCUGGUCUGGGCUGGGGCCCACGCUGGUCUCGGCGCUGCCCUCCACCGUGGUCUACUUCGUGGCGUAUGAGCAGUUCAAGGCCAAGUACAUCGACAUCUACCAGCGGCACUUUGCGCCGCCUCAGCUAAAAGGCACGCCCCCGGAGCAUAAGCUGCCGCUGGUGGUGCCCAUGCUGUCGGGUGUGACGGCUCGCAUCUGCGCGGUCACCUUUGUGAGUCCCAUCGAGCUGGUGCGCACGAAGAUGCAGUCGCAGCGGCUCAGCUACGCCCAGGUGCUGCAGUUCGUGCGCAACAUUAUUGCCAUCCAGGGCGUGGCCGGCCUGUGGCGCGGCCUGCCACCCACCAUCCUGCGGGACGUGCCGUUCUCGGGCAUCUACUGGCCGGCCUACGAGUACCUCAAGAUCUGCUUCAGCGAGUGCGACGAGGAGCCCUCGUUUGGCUUCAGCUUUGUGGCCGGCGUGCUGGCCGGCUCGGUGGCCGCCCUGGUCACCUGUCCCUUUGACGUGAUCAAGACCCAUGAGCAGAUCGAGUUCGGCGAGCGAGUGAUCUUCACGGACUCGCCCUCCAAGGAGCUCAGCAAGCAGUCCACCUACAGCCGCCUGGCCGGCAUCUAUCGCCUAUUUGGGCUGCGCGGUCUGUUUGCCGGUUACGUGCCCAGGCUGUGCAAGGUGGCGCCCGCCUGCGCCAUCAUGAUCUCCACCUUUGAGUACAGCAAGCAGUACUUCUUCCACUACAAUGUGCACCAGCACAACAAACAGCUGCUGAAGCACAAUCCCAACGCCAAGCUGGUCAAGGAGGAUGACAUCGAGUAGUGAAUGUCAAUAGUACGAUUCCCAUUAUCUUCUCCAACUUUUUUUUUUUUAACGAAAAGCAACAACUUUCCAUGUACAUACAUAUAUUUUAUGUUAAAUUAUU